AUGCCCGCCAUCCGCCACGCAAGCAAGCGCAAGGCGCCGCCAGCAGGCUUCACUGAUAUCGAAGACGACCUCCUAAUCUUCAGCAACAAGAUGAAGGACGCUGAGAACGCACCCUCGACCAACGUACCCCGCCACGCCGUCCACUGGCCCAUCUUCCAGAUCAGUCAUCAGCGCAGUCGCUAUAUCUACGAGCUGUACUAUGAGAAAGAGGCGAUUAGCAAGGAGCUGUACGAGUACUUGCUGAAGAAUGGUUAUGCGGAUAAGAUGCUCAUUGCGAAGUGGAAGAAGACUGGAUAUGAGAAGCUCUGCUGCCUCCGCUGCGUACAAACCAAAGAGACGAACUUCAACUCAACAUGCAUAUGCCGUGUUCCAAAAGCUCAGAUGAAGGAAGACCAAGCAGUCGAGUGUGUCAGCUGUGGAUGCAGAGGCUGUGCUUCUAGCGAUUGA